AAAAAUGGAAAUCAGAUCGAAGUUUCCUAAAAGUCUUGGUCUUCGCCACCUUUACUCUUAUGUAUGUUUACACCCUUUCCUGAGUUCUUCAUCACAAUAAUAUUAAUUACAACAGCUCUUCUGUAUCCUUUUCCCAUGGAUUCUUCUUCUUCUACUACUACUUCUCGCAACUGGAGAUACAAUGUUUUCCCGAGCUUUCGUGGGGAAGAUGUCCGAAGCUCAUUCCUCAGCCAUCUUCUCAUGGAGCUUGAACGCAACAUGAUCACUACAUUCAUCGACCAUGGCAUCGAGAGAAGCCGCCCUAUCGGACCUGAGCUUUUAUCGGCAAUAAAAGACUCUAGGAUCGCAAUCGUCAUCUUCUCUAAGAACUACGCCUCGUCAACAUGGUGUUUGAACGAACUGGUGGAGAUCCACAAAUGCUUUAAGGAUCUGGAUCAGAUGGUCAUACCGAUUUUUUACCAUGUGGAUCCCUCUGAGGUUAGAAAGCAGACUGGAGAAUUCGGCGAGAGGUUUAAAGAAACAUGCAAAGACAAAACAGAAGGUGACAGAGAAAGGUGGAUUCGAGCACUUACUGAUGUAGCAAACUUGGCCGGAGAGGAUUCUAAGAAUUGGACUGGUAAAGGCGAAGCAAAAAUGAUUGAACAUAUAGCAAAGGAUGUGUUCAAUAAACUUAUGAUACCAUCAAAUGAUUUUAAUGCCAUUGUGGGGAUUGAAGCUCAUUUUGAGAAGUUGAAUUCGCUUUUGUGUUUGGAGUCUGAGGAGGUUAAGAAGUUAGGAAUUUGGGGGCCUUCAGGGGUAGGUAAGAGUACUAUAGGAAGUGCUCUUUUUAGUCUACUCUCUAGCCGAUUCCACAAACAUGCUUUCUUCGUCUCUUACAAGCGUAAAAAAAUGUGGGAUGAUAAUAAAAUGAAGUUGUGUUUGGAUGAACGACUUCUGUCGGAAAUUUCAUGUCAAAAGGACGUAAAGAUACGUCAUCCAGGUGUGGCAAAACAAAGGCUAAUGCAUAAGAAAAUUCUAAUCAUUGUUGAUGAUGUGGAUGAUGUUGAAGUGCUAAAGACCUUGAUGGAUCAAACUAGUUUGGUUGGAUCCGGGAGCAGAAUCGUUGUGAUAACUCAAGAUAAGAGACUUUUAGAGUCUCAAAAGAUUGAGCUUAUUUAUGAGGUGGAGCUCCCAUCGUAUGAUCUGGCUAUGCAGAUGUUCUGUCGAUCUGCGUUUGGGAUAAACUCUCCGCCUUCUGGUUUCGAUGAACUCGCGGAGGAAGUUGUACUGCAUUCAAGUAAUCUCCCUUUAGGUCUAAGCGUCUUGGGUUCGUCGUUGAAAGGGAUGAACAAGGAGGAGUGGGUGGAGAAGCUGCCUAGGCUCCUGAAUAGUUUGGAUGGGAAAAUCAAGAAUACACUAAAAGUCUGCUAUGAUAGGUUAGAUGGCAAAGAGCAAGAAUUGUUCCUUUGGAUUGCAUGCUUAUCCGAUUGUCGUAACGUCAAUUUCUUAAAAGACUUGCUUGGAGAUAGUGCUGAAAUUGGGCUCAAAAUACUGAAUGACAAGUCCAUAAUACGUAGGGAAUCACCAGGAACUGUUCAAAUGCACAGUUUGUUACAGAAGUUGGGUAAAGAAAUCGAUCGUGCAGAGACCAUCAACAAUCGUAGGUUCUUGACGGAAGUUGAGGAUACAUGUGAUGUACUUACCGAUAAUACUGGCCCAAAGAAUACUCUAGCCAUGUACUUGAACAUGUCAGAAAUCAACGAGGAAUUGUUUAUAGAUAAAAAUUCAUUUCGAGGAAUGCAUAAUCUGAAACUUCUAAACUUUUACAAAUCCUUUUGGUCAAGGGAGACUGGAAAAGGCAGGCUGUAUUUACCUGAUCGAGGCCUGAAUUAUUUUCCACGCAAACUCAGAUUUCUACGUUGGGAUGAAUAUCCAUCCAAAUGUAUGCCUUCUCACUUUAGAGUGGACAGUCUGGUUGAACUUAGAAUGGAGUAUAGUAAGCUUGAGAAGUUGUGGGAAGGAACUCAGUUUCUUGGAAGUCUGAAGGAGAUGGAUAUGAGUUAUUCUGCAGAUUUGAAAGAGAUUCCAGAUCUUUCAAAAGCCAUAAAUGUCAAGGAGUUAAAGCUUUGGGGAUGCUCAUCUUUGGUGGCUCUUCAUUCCUCAAUCGGGAAUCUCAGUAAAAUGUAUGGAUUGAGGCUUUCGGGAUGCACAUCUUUGGUGACAUUACCUUCCUCGAUUGGGAAUCUCAGUAAACUGUCUGAAUUGGACAUGUCGAAAUGCUCAAACCUUAACUUUCUGCCAGCUGAUGUCGACUUGGAAUCUCUUGAAGUCCUCAAUCUUAACGGAUGCUCAAAGUUGAGAACGUUUCCUCGUAUAUCAAGGAACAUUACAUCGCUUUACUUAGAAGAAACUGCAUUAGAAGGAGAAGAAGAUAGUUCUUGGAUUGAGAAUAUCCCUCACCUUGUUAUGAGUAGUGGCAGGCUUAAGAAGUUAUGGGGAGGGGUCAAGUCGCUUGGAAAACUCUGGGGGAUGCAUUUGUCAGGAUGUGAAAGCCUCGUCGAAAUUCCAGAUCUUUCAAUGGCCAUCGCCCUUAGGUAUUUGGAACUCAAAAAUUGUAAAAGCUUGGUGAUGCUUCCUUCUUCAAUUAGGAAUCUCUACCAACUCAAACGCUUGAACAUGGAAGGAUGCACAAUGCUCGAGGCUCUACCAGUCGACAUCAACUUGGUUACUCUUAAAGAGCUCUAUCUCAGCGGAUGCUCAAAACUGAGAAAUUUUCCUCAGAUUUCAACCAGCAUUGUACUUCUCUAUCUAGAUGACACUGUGAUUGAAGAAGUUCCUUCCUGGAUUAAGAACAUGUCUCGUCUCAAGAAACUAACGAUGCGUCGGUGCAAGAAUUUAAAGAACAUAUCCGCAGAGAUUUUUAAAUUGGAAUGUGAUAAGGCAGACUUUUCAGACUGUGGAGGACUCACAACAAUCUGUGAUCACUUACCGGGACGGCCACACAAUGAUGUCUUUGAUAUGUCUUCAUAUAUUUCUUUCAGAUUUCCGCAAGUGGCUCCUUUCAAGUUCCAAAAUUGCUUCAAUUUGGAUCGAGAUGCACAGGAAAUAAUUAUACAAUCAUACCGAAACAUGGCCGUUAUACCAGGUGGAGAAGUGCCUAUGCAUUUCAUGCAUCGAGCUUGUGGAAGUUCCCUAAGUAUCCUUUUGUCUGAGAGCUCUCUUUCCCAAGAAUCUAUAUUACUUAAAACUUGCAUCGUGGUUGGACAUUCAAGACACUACCCCGCCAGAUUAACAGUUCGUCAGUCCUUUCGAGGCCAAAAAGAAGAGAUUCCUUGUGAUGUUAUAGUGGACACAUGCACGUACGAGAUGGAUCAUCUGGUUUUGUUCAUCUUACAUUUACAAAUAAAACGAGUGGAUGAUUCGCCAUCUGAACCGAGCAACAACGUUCUACUACUUGAGUUUUAUAAAAGCCAUUAUGAUGGAUAUUAUGAAGGGUGUUCCUGCGGCAGCAGCUUUGCCAGCCACAAACAAAAUUCUACCCUUGAAGAGAUAAAAGGAUGCGGUGCACGAGUCAUGAAUAUCUCAAAGACAGACGACGAAGAAAGUGAUGAAGAGAACAACAUAAGCAAGAAGAAGAUGCGGAUGACACAGUUCUGACCAGAGAUGGACCCGCGUGAAGAAUUGUGGUGUCACUUGACACCACAAAUAACUAUAAGAUUUUUUUGUAAGUUUUUUUUUGUAAGCUGUAACAUGUGAUGGAUAUUUGGUUGUAAAAGGUGUAAGAGCAUACCCAACUAUUUAGAAACUUAAAUGGGUAUGUAAAAAUUAUAAUAACAAUAUUUUGAUUUAAAUAGAUUAUUGAAUUAAAUUUUAAGUGAUAACAGAAAUCAAAUUAAUCAUAUAGUGACAUUUGGCAAAAUAUUUUUUAAUGGAGUUCUUAAAAUAUCUUUGCAUACAUACUUUCUGACAUUUUCUCUUCUCUUUUGCCAUUUUUUCAUUUUUACAAAGUUAAGAUACUCAUGCCAAUCCACCGUAUGACAUGUUCUAAGUGAACUUCCAAACCCGGAUUCUACUCCCCUUAAUGACCAUUUUAUUAUUCUUUUGACCCCACUUAAAUUUUUUCUUGGAUUCUCCACCGGUUCUGACAUCUCAAGAUUCAACUCUCUUUCCAUCCAAACUGCAGUGGAUUCCAAACAGGUGGCUCGAAAUUUGGAGUUUUCCUUGGGGUUGUCUGGAGCAUCUGGUGAGGUAUUUUCUGGAAGCAAAGCUCCCUCACCUUCCAGGAAUUUCUGUGGUGAUGGAGCAUCUUCUUCUCACCCGUGUCUUGACGGAGAAUCUUUGCAUUUUGAACCCUUGAUGAUCGAGCAACAAAAUACAGUUUGAUCUCUAGGGGAAUCGAGAUUUUUGGGAGUAGCACAGCUUCAGUUACGGUAUUAGGUCGGUUUUCGAGUGACCUUUCUGCAAGAACUAAGUUCCUAGAGAGUAUUCAGAAAACCAAUUAGAAGGAGGCAUAUUGUCUCCCACAUGAUUAGAUAGAUCUUUAGAAUUGGGGAUCAAGAUGUUGGUGUUGUGUUCGUGCAUCUCUGUUCUUGGUGGCAGCUAGAAGAGAAAUUCAUAGUCACCUUUAUCCCGAAGAAUAUGGAGGUGACGGGUUAUUCCCCGCUUGUCCCUCGUUUGAGUCAGUCUUCUUUCCUAAUAGUUCCUCCUUCGUUGGUAUUGCAAGGAUCUUCUUCCCUUUGAAUGCUCUUCUCUGUGUAUGGUGCAGUGUGUGGUCCUACGGGUUACAAUAGAUUCGGUCUUUGAAGAAGCUUAUGAUGUUGUUGUGAUACGAUUUCAUUUGGUUUCUUUUUAGGAUUUGUAUCACCUUUCUAUCAUUUAUCUUGUUGUGAUUGUUUGUUUGGCUGUCAAUAGCCUUUUUGUAUCCUCCUUUGUUUGGAGUGUAAACAUAUUUAAGAUAAGUCAAAGUCAGUUCCAUGUUUGUUA